AUGAAUCCCGAAAUAAGAUGGGUUGUCCAAUUAUUAAUAUUAAUCCCCGAACCCAAUUGGGUUGUCCGAACUAUUGAUCAAUAUAGUAAUAAUUAUAUCAAUCAUGUAGUAGAAUGUCAAUCAUUACCAACUACAGAAUUAAACUCUGCAAUAUGGAUCAUUAGACAAUACAGUUGCAAUAUUGGACAAGAUCAAACAUCUAUUUGUAGUUCAUUGUACUUUACUUGUUCGACAGGAACACCUACUCCUCAUAUCACUAAAAUAGUGAUGCUUUCAUACCCUACAACAGCUGUUGCAGGUCUCCCAAAUUCAGGAUUGAGUCAAUUUAAUUUCCCAGAGUUGGAAGAACUUGAUAUCAUAGCUAUGCAGGCUGUCGUGGCAGAUAUUAAUAUAUUGGAUUUAAUCAUGGGGAGUUCGCCCAAACUACAAAGGCUCCGUUUACGAUCCGAUCCAAAGGUAACAUUACUACCAUCUGGAUUUUGGAGUAGUUUGCCAAUGUUGAGCUACUUUUCUGUUGAGGGUGCCAUGUUUCAACAAUACCUAGUGUUUAAUUUUGGACCGACUAUUACCGAGCUCACGUUUGGUAUUACUGGAGCUCUUAUCGUCGAUCAAAGUACACCUGUUCAUACCAAAUUAACAAAAUUAAACAUCAAUGCUAAAUUGUUGGCCAUUCCCCAGACAUUUGCAUUUACCAAUCAAUCGUUCCCAGCACUGACCACUCUAACCAUUACUCCAGUUCUUGGAAGUCAGCCAUUGGCUCUUCAUUGUAACGCGUCAAGUAUUACUUCACUUACUGUGGCAUCUCAAGUUGAGGUCCAUAUAAACCUACUAUAUCCUCAAUCCCUUAUUUCACUUUUUGCAUCUGGGUAUUCAACUCUCUCACCUCCAUUGAUCAAUUUUACAAAUUUACUAUCAUUAGAAUUGAGUCAGUCUACCUUGAGCUCACUUCAAUUAACAAAGUAUCCCGAUUCAUUGGCCUUGAUUGAUGUUUCUGAAACAAAUUUAGUAGCUUUCCCAAACAUACCAGUUAACAAUUUGAAAAGCGUUACAUAUGAUAAAAAUCAGUUGCAAGGAGCUAUUCCAUGGAAUAACUUUCAAAAUGCAAAUAAUAUUUUAUUGGAUGUAUCAUUUAAUACAGGAUUAACAACCAUCGUACCAGAAUCAUUUUGUAAUAAUAGAUUGUAUAUCGAUGGGUGUCCAUUGAUUACCGAUCUACCAGAAUGUUUUAAAUGUUACCAAAAUAAUAGAUUUUAUGUUAGAACUGAUAUAGUUCUUGAUCCAGGUUUCACAUGUAAUAUUACAUUUAAUUCAACCAUGUUAUACACUGUAUUUGGACAAGCUGCACUGUAUGGCACAAACAUUGGGUAUGGUUCCUUUGACAAUCGAUACCUUUUAGUUGCUGAAAUACCAAACAAACAAUUGAUAUUUGCAGACUCUUUGAUAGAAGUUGGACCACCAAGAAAUAUUACGCUUGUUAUGGAUGGUCAUUACCCAGAGUACAAGUUUAACUUUACUGUACUUGAAGUUGGUAUUAAAAUACCAGCUCACUUGGGUGUAUAUUAUGAGCAAAUACCACCAGGUAUUGUUCAGUUUCAUGUCUUUGUCGAAGUGAUCAAUCCCUAUCUCCAACAUAAUAUCACUAUAAAUGAUAAUAUCAAUUGUUUAAUUACUGGUGUGGUAAGCAAGGGUAAUUAUUUGUAUUGCAACGUUACCGGACAUUCUUUUAAACAAGGUGACAAUUUAAAAUACACAAUUACAAACCCUUAUUAUAUUGUACAUGAGUAUCUCACAAUUUCUUCAUUCUACCCAACAGAUGUUUCAUUGAAUUUUUAUGAUAGUAUUAUUAGUGUUGGUUCAAGAUAUGGUUUCAUUGGUAAUUAUGGUAAUGGGCCUAUGAACCAAACUAUUAUAUACUUUAAUGGUGACCCUUCCAUUUGUAUUGUUACACUUAAAAGUUUUACAAAUAUUCAAUGUAAUCAAACAAAAUAUUGGCAAGGUGGUGAGACAAAUAUUACGAUAUCUGUCGAUGGUUUCAUGUCAACUCCAAUAAUUGUUGAUUUAACAUCACUUGAAAGUUUAUGUAAUGAUACUGGUUGUUCGGGUCAUGGAACUUGUAAUCAAAACGGAAAUUGUAUUUGUGAUACUGGUUAUUAUUCUGAUACAUGUUCAGAGAAAUAUCCAACUUUUAGUUCGGGAGAGUAUGAUGAAAAUGAUAGAAAAUUGAUCAGUAUCUAUGGUGAUUUCGGACCAUUCAAUCAAACUAUUGUAUCAAUCACUUUGAAUAGUACUGAUUGUCAAGCUACAUAUAAAUCACAGUCAUUGAUUAAUUGUACAUUGGUCAGUGAACCAACUGAUGGUUUGGCUUUGGUCAGAUUGACUGUUGAUAAUUCAACAAAUAAUGGAAAUAAUUGGAUUUAUUUUAAACCUUCAUCACAGUCAUCAGGUUCAGGGUCAGAUAGCGAUGGCAGUGGUGGUGAAUUAACAUGUCCAUUUAAUUGUUAUGGUCACGGUCAAUGUAUCAAUGGGAAAUGUAAAUGUGAUACUGGAUAUAGUUCAAUUGAUAAUUGUUUGACAAAGACAACCAAUCAUACUAUAACACCCAAUACAACAUCACCAACAACAUCAUUUGAUAUCGAUGGAAUUGAUUUCCAAUUUGAAAUGAUUGCCAUUCAAGAAAUAGACACUGAUGAUAAUAUCAUCAAUCAAGUAUUAACAAACAGUUGGAUCUCAACGAUAUUGAUAGAUAGUCAAACACAAACAACAACAGUCAACUAUCAACUCAACAACAGUGAUACAAUAACAACAACAGCACUAGUAACAGCAACGAUAUCAUUCUCACAACAACCAAGAGAUAUCCAAUUUGGUUCACAACAGCUUCAUAUCGAUGCCAAUUCAAUCAAACUAUCAGUCAACAUUAGUAAUUGGACAUUCAACACAUUCUUGACAACACUCAGAGUCAUCUUCAAAACAACCAUCAACAAUGAUCAAUCAAUCGAAUUUGAUUGUCAAGAUGUUAAUAUUGAUACACUCAGCUACGAUCAACUAUCCAACAACAUCCAAUACCUUAGAGUGGUAAAAGAUAAUAUUCAAUUCACAGGUAGAUUUAUCGAUUAUGUAUUAUCUGAUGGAAGACCAACAUUCUCUAGAACAUCAAUCGUCAACAAAACAGCUUCAUUAGAUGAUCAACAAUCAGCUCUAUUAAUUGGAAUUAGUAUGCCACAAUCAUCAGAAAGCAUCCUCGAUCCAGAUUUCACACCAUUAUUAAUCGACAAGAGUGCUGACAGUGGAUGUGACAGUAAAUCGAAUACAUGGAGAAUCAUUGUUGGUGUCGUAGUUGGAGUAGCAGGUGCUGUUGCCAUCGGAGUAGCAUCGAUUAUCUUGAUUAAAAAGAAAAAUACAGCCAAACGAUUCAAUAAUGAUAUGCAGUACAAAUUGGAUAGAAUAAAUAAUUAA